GAUUCCAGUUCGUUUGUGGAAAUCUUUGACGUGGAUCACUUUAUUGAUGUAUUAAAGGAUGAUGUAAGGAUAAUCAAAGAACUGCCUGAAAAAUUCUCAUGGAGUACGAGAGAGUACUAUGCCACAGCAAUCCGUGAAACCCGUGUGAAGACUGCACCUGUCCAUGCUUCUGCCAAUUGGUAUCUCGAGAAUGUUUUGCCUGUUCUUGAAAGUUUUGGGAUUGCUGCUAUUGCCCCAUUCUCACACCGUCUAUCCUUCGAUCAUUUACCUCCGGAGAUCCAACGGCUGAGAUGCAAAGUUAAUUUCCGGGCACUGAGGUUUGUCCCCCAUGUUAGAGAACUUGGCGAUGCUCUUGUAAGUCGUCUUAGAAAUCCGUCAUGGAGAAACAAAGAACAGAAUGUGGAUCACUUGACGGAUAUAACCAACUCUCACAGCAGACAAGAACCUGGGAAAUUCGUUGUUCUUCACCUCCGGUUCGACAAGGAUAUGGCUGCUCAUUCUGCCUGCGAUUUCGGUGGGGGAAAGGCUGAGAAACUGGCGUUAGCCAAAUACAGACAAAUGAUAUGGCAAGGAAGG